AUGUCUGUCACAAACACCAGCAUUACCGUCCCCGCUGGCCAGGGUCAGAACGAUGUCCAGACCAUGUUCAAGAAGAUUCGCGACUUCGUCCACAGUCUGGGCCUUCCCAUCAGCGAUGGUCUCACCCAACAUGCCGCCGAGGUCAACCACGAGGACCUGGACCACGACCAUGAGUGCUCGAGUUCUUGCAGGCCUAGCUCACGCGGCACCGUCACUCCCGCUCACUCCAUCCGUUCUGCAUCAGAACGUCUCCACUCUCUUAUCCCGCCCAGCAACUAUGGCGCCGUAGUACCAGGCAUGAUUUACCGCAGCAGCUACCCCGAGGAAAAGAACUACGAAUUCCUAAAGGACCUGAAGAUCAAGAGUAUCAUCACUCUUGUCCCCGAGCCACUCUCUCCUGAGUACAAGGAUUUCAUGGAGGAGGCUGGCAUUCAGCAUUUCCAUGUUCACAUCCGCGCCAAUAAGGGCGAAGUCCGCGUGGAAUCAUGCGACAUGUCCCGUGCGCUUCGUUUGAUCAUGGAUCGCACCAACCACCCCAUCCUCAUCCACUGCAACAAAGGCAAGCACCGCACUGGAUGCACCGUUGCUGUCCUUCGCCGUAUCUUCGGUAAAAUGAGCCUGGAUGCCAUCCGCGAGGAGUAUCAUACCUAUGCUGGCGUCAAAGCUCGCUUCUUGGACGAGGUCUUCUUUGAAACCUUUGACCUCAAUCUGGUCAUGUGGAUGGCUCGACAGGAGGGCUGGGUCGCGCCCGCGCCCACCAUCGCACCGCCUUCGCCCCCAGAAUCUCUCUCCUCCAAGGUCGACGCAAAAGUCUUGGCCUAA